UGAACAUGGUAAUUCAGUACGCAUUGUUAUUCUUUAUAAUCGGCGUGCUAGCAGAAAUCUUCAUUUACUAUCGAUUGAAAACCAGGCGACGACUACAAGCUGCAGUCACUUUUGCCGCCCAAGAGAAUGCUCAAAAUUGAACAGGAUCAUUACUUCAAAAAAGGCGGAAUAAUUAAUAUAUUUAUAUUUACACGAUUUUAUAUUAUUUACAAAUAAGAUAAAAAAUAUUGUAGCUAUUGUAAUAAGUUAUACAGUCCACUAAUAAUCAUUUCUUUCCCUCGGCAAUAUGUUCAAAUAUCAUUGAACAUGCUUAUUUAUCAGCAAAGCCGAAAUUCUACUAAAUACAAAUAUCUGUUUAUAUAUUAAUAAACAUAUAUAUGUACAUACAUAAUGCAUUUACAUGCAAUGCGCAUGCAAUAAAAACAAAAAUGCAUAGGGACACAUGUCAUAAAUUUAGAGAAGAGAUAAGAUUAUCAUACACACACAUAUGUAUCAAAACAACCCCAUGUCAAGCAGCAAUAAACAAUAUGCUGCAAUACAUAUAAUAUACACACAUACGCAUAUAUUUAGAUAGAUAAGAUAGUUUUACAAAUUGUAUAUAAGCAAGAAAAAUACGAAAUAAAGAUCAGAUUUGAAAGAAAAUCUCAAUCGAAAACAUUCCUUUUAUUUACAAAUUUUACUUCCCCCCACCAGUGGUAAGGGGUAAAAGAAGAAUUAAAAGGAAAUAUUUCAAAUAAAGGAGCCGUUAGCUAUCAUUUAUUGCCCCCCACCCGAGGUAAGGAAUAAGUGAAGCAAAACGCUUAACCUUUAUCAAUAUAUAUUUGGUCCAAUCGAGCCUAAAAAAAAAAAAAAAGAGCUCAGCCAAAAUUAAAGAAGCCCUGUUAUUAAUACAAAUACAGGCAAAAUUAAAUUGUAAGACGGGUGUAUAUUCCCGCAUUAAAACCGAUCGCAUAAGCCGUUUUAGCAGAGACUAAACGCAGUGAUCUAACUGCUAUCCAAAAAAUAUUCAGCGGCUGUGAGUCGAGGCACAGCAAGGUCAACUAGGCGACCAAAUCAAAUACCUCCAACGAUUUCUUUGGAGAAAAGCAAGCAGUUCAUCAAUAAAUAGGAGAAGUUUUGCGAAAAAAUUCUCGAAAUGGGUAUAAACAGAAAGAAAAUUCUGGAUGCCCAGGCAGAUUUAGCCGAAAAAGUGUUGUCCACAUCCAACACUAUUUCAGGAAAGGCAUUAAAGAAAGCAAAAAUUGAAGAAAACAUUAAAAUUCUUGAAAAGUACCAAAAAGAAUUCGAUACCAACCACGAAAAGUUAAUGGCAGAUGGCAUAGGAGAAGAAGAUUACUUCAAGAAGAAUGAAUACAAUAACACUAUGAUUAAAAUCGAAGAGCCAAUCAAUGCAUUAAAGAUGAGCAUUUUAAAAGAUAAGCCUCUAGUCGAAUUUGAUCGGCAAAUUGAAACAGUUCAAAUACGAUGCACUAAUCCAGAUCAAAAAACUUCCAUAUUCAUGAGGAAAAUUGAAAACCUCAGAAGAAAAAUGGAAGAUCUAAGCAUGGAACUAACGAUUGACAACGAUCAAAUAAAAGGCUUAGACUGCUUAUUCAAUGACAUCCAAAAUCUAAAAAGCAAAUUAGAUUUUAAUGUUGAAAUUGAAGACAUAUUCGAAAAAAUAUGUGACGAAUAUUACGAAGAUCUUCAGAAUUUAAAAAGGAAAUUAAAAAAAGAAGAGCCUAAAAUUUCUUUUCACCCUAACUUUGAAGAAAGAAAAAUAAUAAAAAUUCCAACAUUUUAUGGCGAUAUUAAGGAAUGGGCCAAUUUUUACAACGUGUUUCAAGUUAUCGUACAUGACAACGAGCAGAUGCCGAACAUAGAAAAAAUGCUGCGUCUUCGUCAAUGCUUAAAAGGCGAAGCUGCACGAGUAAUACAGCAUUUUCAAAUUUCGUCGAAAAAUUAUGAAGCUGCAUGGAGUCAACUUAAGAAAAUGUACGACAAUCAGCCAAUUCUGUUCAUCAUACCAAAAUUAUCUACAACUGCGACGAAACUAAUUAAUGCAGUGCAAAAUAUUGAAGACGAAAAACUAAUAACAGUUCGAUCACUCCCUCUAUCUUCUGUUGAGGAAAAAACAACAGAAAUAAUAGAGGAAGAUAAAAAAGAAAAUGAAUUUGAAGAAGAAUUCUUUGAAGAAUUACAUAAACCUUCAAAAACUGAGGAAUCUUACAAUCUCAUAUCUUUUCCGGCAGGCUCACAUUUUGGAAAAAUGUGGGAAAAUGAAGUCCAGGUUAAAUCGUUUGAAGACGAAACUGAAGUAGCUGAUCAUAUUUUGGAAGAUGAUGCUAAAACACAGAAGGAAGAUUUUACUACUUCACAAAAAUACAUAAAGGAAAAAUGCACCGAUGCAGAAGGUGAUAAUACCGGCAGGAAUUCAGCGCCAAAGAGUACAAAAACGGUUGCAGCUUUGAAGGACACAAGAACAUCCAAGGGUGGAUCCAGCAGCAUUAAGGACGAACGCCAAUGCAGCAAGCCCGAUGAAGAUAAAUCAAAGAGAAAAGAUGAGAAGUCCGGCGACAAAAAGGAUAAAGACAUUAGUGAACAAAAAUCAUCUUCAAACAAGACUUCGCAGAAGGAUGACAAAGUGAAUACAUCUACAAAAUUGUCGUCCAAAGGAAAGCAGACAAAACCUUCACGUAAUCUUUUGGUAUCGGGGUUAUCUUCAUUAACGAGAGCCAGUGAUCUGAAAACUAUAUUUUCUAAAUAUGGCAAAGUUAUCGGAGCCAAGGUGGUCACCAACUCCCGAACUCCGGGAACACGUUGUUAUGGCUACGUAACAAUGUCAUCAUCGUCGGAUACCAGUCGUAGUGUCGCCAAAAGACGUGUGGAUACAACAAAAAAAGAUGAAGACAAGAAGAUACGAGACACAACUUCUAAGACGAGAGACGACAAACAAACUAUUGAUACAAAGGACGAUGCAUCAAAGAAACCUGAAGUGGAGAAAGAUAAGCAACGCGAUAAAGAAAUCCUUUUCCAGGACCAUAAUAAAAAAGACGUAAGUAAAACUAUCGAAAUAGCCGAAAUAGAUCCAGUUGGAAAAGCGGAUGUAGUAACAACCAUUUGGGAGUUACUAAUACCAUGGCAGCUUGCGUUAACAAACGAAACGUCGAUUACAAUCUGCGGUUGGAAGUCACUUUUGUCGCCCAGGAGAAUGUUCAAAAAUGAACAUG